AUGGCUUUCGAAAUGGCUCCUCUCUUCAGAGGCGCUCGUAUGUUGACGAAAAAACAAAUGGAUUUACCAGUGGAUAAGAUGCGAAUACUAAAAGAGUACAAUAAUGAGAAGAAAUGGAAGGUUGUCGUGGAUAGUCAAGGCAUGAAUGCUCAUGUGGAUCCGGCAAACUACCUCACUAAACUAUCGUAUUUUCUCGACAAAAAGGCCUUGAAAAAGAAUAAAAAAGUGCUGGGAGAUGAGACAUCAACGGCUGUUCUAAAGCAUAUUGAGAUUUCAUUACGAACAAAUAGUGUCGAUUGGGUCAUUCAAUUCCUCAAUCCACCAAACAAUGGUCUUCAAGUACUUGUCGAGUAUAUGAAUCAGUUGUUGCUCGAAGCUUCAUCCCAGUCAUGUACCACUGAUACGCCUCCAGGUUCUUCUGUGGAUUGUAGUGAUCAUGGGAUUCCGUCAAGCUCUUCAGCUUCGACAAUACCUUCAGGAUCGCUUUUCAGAAAGAACCACACGAUAAGUGGCAGAACAACGAAAGUCAGCAAAAAUGUGGGCGAAUUGGAAGAUGAUGUUCACGUUUGUAUAAUGUGCCUUAGAGCCAUAAUGAAUAAUAAGCGUGGUUUUGAACUGGUAUUUGCCGAUUCGAGAGCAAUUUAUUGUAUUGUACGGAGUAUACUACAUCAAAGUCUACGAACCAAGACUUUGGUGAUGCAAAUGCUGUCAUCGAUAUGCAUGGUUCAAGGUGGCCAGGAGCUAGUGAGCGAUGCGUUCGAUCAGUUCAGAUUGGAUUAUCGUGAAAGGCAUCGUUUCCAAACGCUGAUGUACUUUAUACGAAAUCCACCUGAAUUCCAUGUGGAAUUCCUAUCAUCGGCUGUACAGUUUUUGGAUAUUUUCUCAUCGGUUGAGGACCUGAAUCAGAAGGUUUACCUACAGUAUGAGCUGCAUUUACUUGGUCUCGAUGACUUCAUUGAUGGGCUCAAAUCACUGUCAAAGGAGCAAAUUCAAGCCCUUUUCUUUAUUCAGGAGAUGGCAGAAUGCAUGUCGGAUGAGUUACAAUCCCGAAUGUCUGCCUAUGUGAAUGGAGAGAUGGACGUUGCUGCCCUUGUCGAAGACUCGCAACAAAAAGCUCGUUUGGCAGAGGAAUGCGAACAGCUGAAGAGUAGACUUUCUCAUGCGAUUGAACGGGUCCAAGAGGUGGAGGCAAAAUGGAUCACGGACAAAGCAGCUCUCGAUCGGAGGUUAUUGGAUCUUGUACGAGAGCGCGAGAGGAUGCAAAAGGAUUAUGAAGCUCAAGAGGGAACGUGGAAGAAGACGAUCAGCGAGAAAGACCGUCAAGCACGAGAACAACAGUCAAGACUUGAGCAGAAAAUCCAGGAACUCGAAGCGAUCCAGAAGACAAUGCAAGCUGGACUGCAAGUACAACAGCAAGCGAAAUCACCUCCGACUCCGCCUCCUCCGGCACCAGGUCCACAUCGUGAGAGUGGAGCACCACCUGCGCCAGCUCCACCUCCAACUGGCUUACUUGCUCCGGUCACUGGUGGACCUCCAGCUCCGCCUCCUCCACCCGGCUUAUCAAAUGGUUCGUCCGCUAAUGGCGGAGCCCCACCUCCACCUCCGCCACCACCGCCAGGAUUUGGCAAAGGUGGUCCGCCUGCUCCUCCACCUCCAGGAUUCAUGAUGAAUGGUCCCGCUGCAGAUACACUAAGGAAGACGUACCAAACCAGGAAUAAGCUCCCUCAGUUGAACUGGACGGCAAUGAAACCAAACCAGGCAAAGAACACCGUUUUCGAAGAUCUGAACGACGAGAAGAUCAUCGAGAAACUGGAUUUCUCUCAUCUGGAAGAGAUGUUCAAAUUAACGCCUGUGAAUAAUAACAAUAUCAUGGAGAAUGGUAAUCGGUUGGAAGUAUCCAGUUCGACGUCAGUGAUUGGACAGCACAGCCCCGGUUCAACAGGCAGCGGACCAACGAAAGAAGAACUCGUUGCUUGA